CGAAGUUCGAAGAAAGACCACGAGGAUGCGGAUAUACUACGCCUCGGCGCGCCGUUCCGUCACAAUUGUGGUGUCUUUUGGCCAACGAUUAUCGUUAUUCGCACUAUAAAUGAAGAUAUGAAAUGAACCUGUAUCAUUAUACCUUAAAAAUCUCAAGCACUUCAUUGUCAAGUGUUCUAAAGAGCUUCAAAGCAGAAGUUUAAAACGCGACAAAAUAUCACCAAAAUGGCAUCCACAGAGGUUCAAAUGUCUGAAGCAGAGAAGCAGCAUCUUGGCAUGGUGGAGGUGAGGUUAGAUUCACAACAAGCGUUGAUGCACACGUCACCAGGAGAUCAAGCAUUAAAUGGAUACACACAAGGACAUGGGGUACAGAGCGGAGCUCCGCCUUCGUACGCACAAUCGACCAAUCAUAUCCCGAUCCAGCCCCCACAACCACAGGUGACAGUUGUACACACUGCACCUCGGUCAACCAAGGCGUUUUCGGGAGCUCCCAGACCGGACAUUCCUGACUAUUCCCGCCUCGCUCUGAUGGUCACAUUCUGUUGUUGUCUCCCGUUUGGUCUAAUUGCCUAUUUCAUGAAUUCAAGAGCACAGGACAAGCAACUGUUUGGAGAUGACGAUGGUGCUCGUUCUUCGUCUCGCUGUGCCCUAGGCUUCGCCAUAGCUGGGAUACUCUGUGGAUGCAUCUUAUCCGCGUUGAUUGGAAUAUAUUAUUUUGUACUCAUUGGGGUAUAAUGAAUAAAUCACUGCGUUGAGAUCUGUAAAUAAACCACCACGAUCAACCAUGGAGUCUAUGAAAAGGAUUAUCGUGAUAUACUUGUGAUUGAUGGAAGGAAGUGACAUGUGUACCUGGAAAUACUAUGAGCAUUGAACUGACGAUCUGACGAUGUGUAAAUGGUUAUCAACAUCAAAUCGAUCAAAUUGAUGAAAUCGAGCUAGAUUAUAGUACCUCGCUCCCACGACCAGUUACGAACACCACGAUUGGACUUUCGAAACUUAUCGCGAAAAUUUUUGAACCAUUCAAAUUUUUUCUACGUUCAAUACGAUUGCCUCGACUGAUUUGAUAUGAUCUGGUACGUUCUGAUAAGAUACUACGAUUACUCCACGAUUAAGAUCGCCGUUUCAAUCGUGGCGCGAUUCGUCACAAUGGCGAACUGUAAGACAAGCCAGGCAUGCCAGGAGAUUCAUCAAGAAUACUGGUUUAAAUUUCACUCGGAUGACCCGCGAUAAUCCACUAAUAAAUUGAAUUCUUUAUGUUCUGCAUGGACCCUAUACCUGCUUAGAAUGUUGCUUUCCUAUUAAUUGCAAAUGUCCAGUAUGCCGAUCGAAAAAUGGUCGGUCGUGUUUAUGUGACAUUUUGCUAUAUUGUAUUUGUAUCUGCAUUCGUUAAUGUGUAUAUUACCGUAUUGAAAAAUAUUCGAUUCUGUAAUUAUUGGAAAAGAAAUAUAACAAAAUUUAAAAGUAUAAUCUCUCAUUAUACAUAGUGUGUGUAAUAUGUCAAUAUGUCUGCUUUAUAGUCAUGAUAUUAAUUUCAUAAAACAUAUCCUAUUUUGAAAAUACUAUUUGUUAAUGAGAAAUACAGUGGGUGUCAUGUAGGGGGAGGUGAGAGAGCUCUACUUGAGGAAUAGAGCGGGAGGGAGAGAGAGAGAGAGAGGGAGAGA